UAAGUAAUUAUACUGACUAACGCACGUGCUUCCGACUAUGCGAUUGGUGGGGAACACCCACUCCACUCGCCCCACUCUAACGGACAUGAUAAAAGGGCCGGGUAGCACGAGCGUUCGUCAGUGUGCGACGAGAAGUCAAAGUGUAAAGAACUUUGUAAAAGUGUAAUAAAGUGUGUGAAACUACAAGGAGUCUCAUUCCAGCAAGAUCCCUUUCAGUUCAGAAAGCGGGAUAACAUUGAGAUCGUGUUAUUAUCACACUCAAUGUAAGAACAUAACGCCCAAAAAGGGAAUCAUGGACAAACGAAGACGCAAAAGAAAAUCGGGCAGCCCUUUGACGAAUGAACCUGAAUCUUCUGUACGGGAUUCACGGUCACAGCAGCGUCACCGCAGCCCAGUAAGCAGCAAUGACUCGCCUGAUAGCGAGUUCGAGUCUCCUGUGCGCAAAUCACGUCGCGUUCAUCGGCGUGAUGACUCCAGAGGGCGUCAUCAUAGAAAACGACACCGACGCAGACAUCGCUCGAAAGGUUCUUCACGGAGAAGUCGCCGCGACAGCACCAGCGAGGUGGACCAGCCGGGCGCCCCGGAGCCGAAGGACAACCGCGAACAAGAACCAGGCGCAGCUGCUCCACAGCCUACCACAGUGAGUGCACCUUGUCCUAGUACUUCUGAUUCUAACGUUUUAGUUAAUGCAUUCAAAGACCUGAUACAAACUAUGAAAACAGAUAGCGGUAGUGAAAGAUAUCCAUCACUAAAUGUAAUUCCAGAAUUCGAUCCUUCAAAACGAAACCAAACAGUUGAUAUGUGGAUCAGUAAGGUUAACGAAUGUGCUCAAAUUUAUAAUUGGACAGAAAGACAAACCAUUCAUUACGCGUUACCUAAAUUAACUGGUUUAGCGCAGAAAUGGUAUCAAGGCUUGCCUAGUUUAUUGUUUUCCUGGUCUGAAUGGCAAAAUAAAUUAAAAUUGGCCUUUCCAAGUGACGAGAAUUAUGCUCAAUUGUUGACAGAGAUGCUUGCUUGUAAAGCCAGGUUUGGCGAAUCAUUAGAAGAAUAUUUUUAUGAAAAGAUGGUUCUAUUAAAUCGCUGUAAAAUCUCUGGAAAGAAUGCAACUGAUUGUAUACUGUUCGGUAUAGAUGACAGAUCCGUGAGAACUAGCGCUGAAGCAGCUCAAUUCACGGAACCAGAUAAAUUACUUGUUUAUCUUAGAAAUGUUAGAGUACCUAAAAGAACAGAUAAGUCAAUCACACCUUUACAACCAAGCAACUCUGAACCAAAACGUCAGAAAUUUGUUAAAAAUGUUAGUAACUCUAAGCCUACCAAAUGCUAUAAUUGUGGUGUAGAAGGACACCCUUACUAUAGAUGUGAGCAGCCAAUCAAGCGGUGUGACACAUGUCACAAAGUUGGUCAUUUAACUAACGACUGCCCAAAUAAAAGUGGAACACAAAAAAGUAACACGGUUUUACGCAUAUCUAAAGAGCAAGAUAAUGAUUCUAAAUAUUUUAAAUUAGCCUCGGUAAAUGGUCAGAAUCUAAACUCUUUUAUAGAUUUUGGAAGUCAAUGUACCAUGAUACAGGAGUCCAUUGCUAAAACCUUAGUUGAUUCUUGGUCAGUAUCUGAUUUGCCCAUUUUAAGAGGGUUUGGUGAUAGUGUUGUAAAUUGUUUGGGGAGAUGUGAGGUUGAGAUUGAAGUCGAUUCAGCUAAAGCCACAGUGGAAGCACUUAUCGUACCCGAUAAGUUGCUGCGCGUACCAAUUCUUCUCGGACAAACGUUUACAGAGCAAGAUCAUGUAGUAGUUUACAAAACUAAAAACAAACUUAAAAUUACGUCAGAUUCAUUAAAAACGAUUGAACUGUACGUAUCAAAUCCUGUUUAUAUUAAUAAAUAUACAGAAGUUGAUGUUUACUCUAAACCUGAAUACACUGGAGAUUUAUUUAUUGAACCUGGCUUAUGUCAACAUCAUCAAAGGCAAUAUCAAUCAAUUCAAAGUGUAAUAAGACUGAACAAAGGACAAGGCAAAAUCAUAAUUAAAGGCCUUGCACCUUCAGAGUUUGAAUUAGUUAAAGAUACUUUGAUAGUUCGAGCAUUGCCUUUAAAUGAGCUAGAGAUAUUAGAUGUAAACAGAGUCGAACAUAAUAUUCAAAAUAAACCUGAGAUUUCGCGUAUUGAUUCUACUAUGAUGCAUAUUGAUGAUAGUAUUGAGCCAGAGUACAAGGAACAACUUAUAAAUAUGCUUAAUGAAUACAGAGACUGUUUUGCAUUUUCGGUUAGGGAAUUAGGAUGCGUCAGUGGUGCUGAAAUGGAAAUCAAUCUCAACGACACCUCUCCCGUUGUCUAUAGGCCCUAUCGUUUAUCUAAUACCGAACGCGAAGUGGUGCGAAAUAUGGUCCAAGAGAUGGAAGAUUCCGGUAUUAUACAACAAUCUUCAUCGAACUAUGCGUCACCAAUUAUUCUUAUUCGUAAGAAAACUGGUGACUAUCGGCUUUGCGUGGAUUUUAGAGCAUUGAAUAAAAAAACUAUUAAGGAACAUUACCCCCUUCCACGAAUAGACGAUCAACUAGACAAUCUAUCUGGUCAUAGAUACUACACAUCCUUGGAUCUUGCGUCUGGUUAUUAUCAGAUCCCCAUGGAAAAUGCAUCUAAGCGUUUAACAGCUUUCAUAACUCCGGACGGUAUACCGGUCACAUCUAACGUCAGCAUUGCUGUUUAUCAUUGUACGCUGCGAGAGAUAGCGACAAAACGAUUGUUCUUGAAAAGCCACGAAGAUAAAGCGAGCACGCGAGACUGCCCGCCGGGCAGCCAGGGCUGCCAAGCGGCUGCCAGCGCUGUCUUUAAACACGUCCAGCAAGAAGCAGCCCUAGAUGAGACGCCAUCCAUCAGCCACUCACUGAUAUUCAGCUACAUUUGCAUUCUGCAGCGAGCCCGAGGUCUAAAGGUUGAUUCAUGA